AUGUUGAAGCGAGCGAAAGACACCUGUGAGGGCAGCUCCCGACACCAGAGGCCCCUGGGGCCCCUGAGGCCCCUGAGGCCCCUGCCAGCCUUCCCCAUCACCUUGAACCUGAGCGCAGCGGUUGCCAGGUCCUCGCAUUCACAGCCACUUUGGAACGUCUGGUUUUGGAAAGUCGUCAGAUUUCAGACGCUGCAGCUUCAGUUUGAGACGUUUUUCUGGAACUUUGUUGAACUCAGUUUUUUCCAAGCAGAGGUCAGGCCCUCAUCAGCCUCACCCCUGUGCGCAGACCCCCCUCCUCCCCCUGAGGUGAGUGUGGGGAGACGGGGCGGAACUCACGCACCCGCACUGAACUUUCCACCUCUGCCCCGGUGA